AUGAGCUGGUGCAAACUAAACGAUCCAAUAUUAGACACAAACGAAAAACCAUUUCCUUGCCCACGUUGUGAGCAGGCAUUCCAACGGUCUGAUGUUCGGGCUCUGCAUGUCAAGAAGACCCACGGAAUAGACUUCAUUGCGAUUAACCUCGCCAACAACGAGAAUUCCGAGCCGAGAAGGAAACGCGUCAAAACCGCUUGUAAUCUCUGUCGGAGGCCUCAAGAUUUAGACCUUGGCUUUGAUGGUUCAAAUGCGGACUUGAUCAUCGAAGACGAUUCAGACCUCCAACUGGAGGCCACUGAUUCAUCGCUGACCACAGGCUUCGUGUUCGAGAGGGAAAAUAUCCAACAGGAGGCCAGCUUUCCACAAGUAUUGGUGCCUGAUUCAUUUUCACCCGCACCCAGGACAACGCAGGUAUCGAUAACGACGCCCAUCCCAAUCUCUCUGCCAGUAGAUGUUGUGCCUGGCCCUGAUACUGCAAUAAUGUUUCAGACCGAUGUUGAGACAAACGUGCUUACAGAAUUAUGGCAAGUCCCUCUCCUGAGUGGCGAGGCCUGGUGGGAGGAUCUCGAUUUUGGGAGCAAUAGCCUCACAACCGCCAUGCCUGAUCUUGCUGCAGACCCACUGUCUCCUCCGGCACAUAGCUACUCGCGAAUGAUGCAGGACUAUUUUGAUCAAAGAUCGCGAGCAAGGUGUCCAUCCCCAGACAAAGAGGCGGCCAUGUGGUACUCAGCUCCAGCAAGUCUAUGGGAUCAUGACCUUGAGAUUCUCAAUGUUUAUGUCAAUCUCUUCGCCCGUAAUGUACCAAGAUUUUUCAGACUCUUUGAAGAUCUCACUAUGACCUUUACAACACGACCAGAUUAUGUUCUUGCGGUCGGCGCUGUUGGAGGGUUAUACUGUGCCACUACUGGCAGCUUUGAAUUUUCAAAAGCCAUGUACAAUGACUCACGAAGACUGCUUCUAGCCUCAACCAAAGCUGCUGGUUGGUACACCAAGAAUAACCCAGACUAUGAAGAAGUUAUGACAAUCGUCAAGACGUACAUUUUGAAUGAGAUAUAUGGACUUAGUAGUGGUGAUAAGCGAAGUUACGAGUUCGUGGAAGUCUUCCAUCAAGAUCUUGCAAAGGCUAUACAGAUACUCAACACUUUAAGUAUAGCAGCUACCCCAUCUUCCAGGAGGUCUGAGAUCAACCUUUUGAAGGAAGGUCUGUAUAUCCUUGAUUGCUACAGGAUCUGCAUUCUUCAAAGACCUCCUUCGCUUCUCUGGCAGCAUCUCGAUCCGCAGCAGAUCCCAGAGCCCGUAGAUACAGCUCCUGACGACAUAAACUACCUUCUGUUGGCAAUCAGCCAUCCAGGCCAUUCGAUAGCACCCGGCUCCCUUGAACGUCGCAGCCUGGGAGCUUUGUCGGCCUUGGCGCCUUUUCUGUGGCGUGUUAUGCGACUCGCUCCAGCAGGCGUCGAUCCAACCAAACCAUUAUCAAAGCCUGAAUUUAUCGAGUUGGCUAUCGAUAAGUGGCUACGGUCUCACCGAUAUCCUGCUGAUCGCGCAGCUGUCAUUCUCUCCCACUUUAUGAACGUCGCUAUACACACGAAUCUGCUUGUAAUUCAAAACUAUGCACAUCUAACACUAAAUAAAGACGGUUCAAAUAAAGGUAGUGACCCUUAUCAAGCCUCUAUCACAAGAUGGGCCAACGGAAGACACUAUCAAAUUGCCAAAUGGCACGCAGAAAGAACGCUUCAAAGUGGAGAAAUGGAAGAGUCUCUUGGCUCGAAAGAAGAUUACAAUUCUGCACGGCGCAGGGAGACUGAUCAGACAGCUUCGACAUUAAGCGCCCAAAACGGAUCAAUUGAUGUUGCCCACGUACCCUACGCAGUAUACUACGCCACAUUAGUACUGUGGUGUGGGAGUGCCGUACAAGAGUCAGGGACUGACGUCGAAAGGCAGUCUUAUUUGAUCCGGGGCAGAAACAUCCUCCUACGACACAAGCUGCGUAUAGCAUCCCUCCUAGAGCGUGUUCUCAGACAAGUGGGGAAAUGA